AUGACGACAUUGCAAGAACAAGGAAAUGAUGCUCAAGAAACUCUUACACCCACUCAUCAUACCAAUUAUACGCACUCUAUCUUACUCUACGUGAAUGGAGUCAAGCAUCAAUUGAGUUGUCCCAAUCCUGAACUCACUCUCUCACAAUAUCUGAGAAAUGAAUUAAGGCUCACAGGCACCAAAAUUGGAUGUAAUGAAGGAGGAUGCGGAAGCUGUGUGGUGAUGAUUCAACACUUUGAUCAUGGCAAGCAAAGAGUAGUGAGCAGAAGUGUCAAUUCAUGUCUAUUUCCGUUGAUCGAGUGCGAUGGAUGUCAUGUGGUUACCGUGGAAGGUGUGGGAUCCUCUCGAGACGAUAUGUUGCAUUUGAUUCAGAGAAGAAUUAGAGAAUUCAAUGGAUCACAGUGUGGAUUUUGUACACCAGGAUUUGUGAUGAGUUUGUACACCUUGUUGCGAAACAAUCCAAAGCCAUCACUGGAGGAAAUUGAAAGAGCUCUUGAUGGCAAUUUAUGUCGCUGCACGGGAUAUAGACCAAUAUUGGAUGCAGCCCGUUCGUUGGUUGGAUGUGGACUGGAAAAUUGCUGUCAAACAAACAACUCGUCAUCAUGUAGUUCGAAAGGAUGCGGAAUGAAGGAUUGUUGUCAAAACAGAGAUGGCAAUGAUUGCUGUAAAGAUGUUAAUGACAAUCCCAUCACUGAAAAAGCAUCAACCACCAAAGCAGAUCCAUUAUUCCCUUUUGAAUUGAGAACAUACAAAUAUAAACCACUCCGAGUCACCAAUGCAAGAUCCUUGACUCAUGCAACUAAACCUCUCCUCUGGUACAGACCAACCACACUUGAAAACUUUUUAGAAAUUUUACAGAGACACCCCAACGAGCACAAACGAUUCAUUGUUGGCAAUACUGAAAUUGCAAUUGAACAGAGAAUGAAAAACAAACAUUUCCCAGUGGUAAUUCAACCCACUCACAUUCAGGAAUUGUUAGAAAUGAAAGCAGUUUACAAUGGAGAUAGUGGAGAGGCCUCUCACUUGAUAUUGGGAGCAAGUGUUACACUUGCAAGCAUGGAACAAUUUUUAAGAGAGCAGCGUGAAUCACUUCCACCUCAUCAAGGCAAGGCUCUUGAUUGCAUUCUCGACCAAUUGAAAUAUUUUGCUUCCACCUCCAUUCGAAAUACUGCUUGUCUAGCAGGAAAUAUUGUCACAGCAAGUCCAGUGAGCGAUUUGAACCCGUUGUGGAUGGCAUUGGAUUGUAAACUUAAAAUCAUGCACAUGGACGGCCAAGUGAAAACGAUCGAAUUUAAAGAUUUCUUUAUUGGAUAUCGUCAAGUUCAAUUGAAAAAGAGUGAAUUAAUUAUUCACAUGGUGCUUCCACUUCCAAGUGUUGUUUGUAAAAAUUCAAAUGAUUCGAUCCAAACAUGUGACCUGAUCACUAAAGCAUACAAACAAUCCAAGAGAAGGGAAGAUGACAUUGCUGUUGUGACUGCAGGUAUGAAAAUUAGAAUAGAACAUGGAAGCCAUAUUGUGAGGGACAUUAGAUUGGUGUAUGGUGGAAUGAAUGCAUAUACAGUUUCAGCCGAAAAAACACGCUCCUUCUUGAUUGGAAAACCAUUUUCAAAACAAGUAUUUGAGGGUUCUCUCAAUUUUCUUGAUGAAGAUUUGCCACUUGAUAAGAAUGCACCAGGUGGAAUGGUUGAAUAUCGAAAGACAUUAUCAAUGUCUUUUUAUUUCAAAUUUUACCUCUAUGUGACUAAAACUUUGAAUAUUCGAGAGUUGACAGAGGAUGAAAAUUCUGUCCUCUUAGAUCAAUACUACAUUGAAAGACAUUUUCCAAUUGGAAAACAAUUAUUUAAGCCACUUCAAAUUGGAGCAAGUGUUGGUCAACCUCUUCCACAUCAAUCUGCUCAUUUACAAGUAUCAGGUGAAGCAAAAUUUGUGGACGACAUUCUUCCAUUUUAUGGCGAAGUUUAUGCUGCCCUUGUUCUCUCAACAAAACCCCUCGCGAAAAUUGUCUCUGUCAAUGUUGAGAAAGCUCUCCAAAUGAAUGGUGUCUUGGGAUUUGUAGAUCACAGAGAUGUGAAGGGUGUAAACAAAAUUGGUGUUGUCAUUCCACAAGAAGAGGAAUUAUUCAAAUCCCAAUAUUGUACAAGUACCGGGCAGCUCAUAGGACUGAUCGUUGCAGAGACCGAGCUUCAAGCAAAGAAUGCUGCUCGAGAAGUGGUUAUUGAAUAUGAAACUCUACAAGAUCAAAAACCAAUUUUCACAAUUCGAGAGGCCCUAGAACAGAAAUCCUUCCAUGUGAAAGAAAAGAAAAUCUCAUCACAAGCACCUUCGUUAUUGAACCCACAAAUCCACAAACAUGCUCCUGAAUUGAUCCAAGAAAUUGAAAACAAUCUCCAACUCACAAAGGACUAUGUCAUUGUUGAAGGUGACGCUUACACAAACACUGCUCAGGAGCAUUUUUAUGUGGAACCAUAUGCAGCGUUGGUCAUUCCUAAUUUCCCUGAGUUAGGAGAAUAUCAAGUGUAUUGUACCACACAGGAUUGUUCGCACACUCAAAUGACUGUCGCUGAGGUUCUCAAUAUUCCCAGUAAUAAGGUUGUUGCGUCUGUUAAACGACUUGGAGGUGGAUUUGGAGGAAAAGAAUCAAAACCAACCUAUCUUGCAGCUGCAAUUGCAGUGGCUGCGCAAAAAUUCCAGAGACCAAUUCGAAUCAUUCUUGACAGAGAUGUCGACAUGUCCACAACAGGACAACGACAUCCUUUCUUUGCCAAAUAUAAGACAGCUUUGAAUAGAUCGACCUUAAAAAUUCAAGCUCUUGAUAUUGAGCUUGUCUCUAAUGGAGGUUAUAGCAUGGAUCUGAGUGAAAGUGUUCUCAAUCGAGCGAUGCAAAGUGUUGAUAAUUGCUAUUUUAUUCCAGCAUUUAAGAUUACUGGACGAGUUUGUAAAACCAACGUCCAAUCCAAUACUGCAUUCAGAGGAUUUGGAGGCCCACAGUCUUUUAUUGCGAUAGAAACGGUCAUUGAUCAUUUGUCACAUACCCUCUCCAAUCAACUCGAUGCAAGCUCACAACUCUCAAAAAAUCCUUCUCAAUUAGCCCUUGCGAUUCGAGAAGCCAACUUUUACAGCGCCCAACAUUCUAUUACUCCAUUCCAGAUGAAAAUUGAAGACAUUGAUCGAAUUCACACUUUAUGGAAUCAAACUAAAGAAUGUUCCAACUACGAGGAACGACUCAAAGAAAUUGAAAAUUUCAACUCGAAGCAUAGAUACCGUAAAAAAGGUAUUUCCAUGCUGCCUGUGAAAUUUGGUAUUGCCUUUGGAGCACCAUUCUUGAAUCAAGGAGGCGCAUUUAUUAACAUUUAUCACAACGAUGGUUCUGUACUAUUGAGCACAGGUGGUGUUUGCAUGGGUCAAGGUCUCUUCAUCAAAUUGAUUCAAUGUGCGUCCACUGCCCUUGGCAUUCCUCCAGAACUUAUUCAUAUUAAGGACACUUCAAGUGAUAAGACUCCCAAUAUGUCAGCUACUGCUGCAAGUGUAUCGAGUGAUUUAUAUGGACAAGCUGUGAUUAAUGCUUGCAAUGUGAUCAAUAAGCGUUUGGAUGCACUCAAAAAAGAACUUUUUCCAGAAUUAUUUUCAAACUAUAUUCUUGAUGAAAAGAACAAGCUUCAUGCUCCUCCAGUUUUAACCAAAGAGCAAUGGACUCAAUUAGUAGAGAAGGCCUACUUCAAGGGAGACAUUUCACUCAGCGCCACUGGAUUCUAUCAUACCUCUCAAGUGUGGAUGGAUUGGACGAAUGGUGUUGGAAGACCAUUCGAAUAUUUCACUUAUGGAUGUGCUGCUAGUGAAGUAGAAAUUGAUACCCUCACAGGAGAUUGGACUGUGAAACGAACAGAUAUUGUCAUGGAUGUUGGAAAUAGCAUUAAUCCUUCUAUUGACAUUGGUCAAAUUGAGGGAGCAUUUAUUCAAGGAAUGGGUUUAUUUACAAUGGAGGAAUUUAUGUGGGGAGAUGAAUCACAUACUUGGAUUCAACCAGGUCAAUGCUUUACAAAGGGACCUGGUGCUUAUAAAAUCCCAUCUGCUGGUGACAUUCCGUGUGAAUUUAAUGUUCACCUAUUGAAAGAUUCUUUCAAUCCAAAAGCAACCUAUAGUUCGAAAGGUAUUGGAGAACCUCCUCUUUCUUUGGGGGCAACAGUUUUCUUUGCUAUUAAACAAGCUGUUGAAAGUGCUCGAAGAGACGUUGGCAUUUCUUCAUAUUGUAAAUUAGAACCUCCUGCAACCACGGAGAAAAUUCGAGUGGCUUGCUAUGACAAGUUUGUGGAGAGAUUUGCUGAAGAUGAGAAAACUCGAAUUAAAUGCAGUUAUUAA